UCUCUCCCCGGAGCAGCGUGACUGACACCGGCUCACAUUCCGGGGAGGGAAGGGGGUGGAGGCGGCGGGGAGGAGACAAGGAGCGCGGCGGAAGGAGGGAGCCAGGGGCCGAGCGCGGAUUUGCAAGGCGCAGGAUUGGGCUCCCAACACCAGAGCAGAAUGGCCGACAUGCAGGGCCUGAUGGAGAGACUUGAGCAAGCGGUCAGCCGGCUGGAGCAGCUGUCCGCGGAGUGCCACCGGCCUCCCGGCCACUGCGGCGAAGUCAACGGUGUCAACGGAGGUGUGGCUCCCUCUGUGGAAGCCUUCGAUAAGCUGAUGAACAGCAUGGUGGCCGAGUUUUUAAAGAACAGCAGGAUCCUGGCUGGGGAUGUAGAGACCCAUGCAGAAAUGGUACACAGCGCUUUCCAGGCCCAGCGGGCUUUCCUCGUCCUCGCCUCUCAGUAUCAACAACCGCAAGAGAAUGACGUGGCCGCGCUUCUAAAACCCAUAUCAGAGAAAAUUCAAGAGAUCCAGACAUUCCGGGAGCGAAACCGGGGAAGCGCCAUGUUUAAUCACCUGUCGGCCGUCAGCGAGAGCAUUCCCGCCCUCGGAUGGAUUGCCGUGUCCCCCAAACCCGGUCCUUAUGUCAAGGAGAUGAACGAUGCUGCCACGUUUUACACUAACAGGGUCUUAAAGGACUACAAACACAGUGAUUUGCGCCAUGUGGAUUGGGUGAAGUCGUAUCUGAACAUUUGGAGUGAGCUUCAAGCAUACAUCAAGGAGCACCACACCACAGGCCUCACUUGGAGCAAAACAGGUCCAGUCGCAACGACGACGACAUCUGCAUUUUCUGUGCUGUCCUCGGGGCCUGGACUCCCCCCACCUCCUCCACCUCCACCUCCUCCAGGACCACCUCCACUUUUUGAAAAUGAAGGCAGAAAAGAGGACUCCUCGCCAUCACGCUCAGCUUUGUUUGCCCAGCUUAACCAGGGAGAAGCAAUUACAAAAGGGCUGCGGCAUGUCACCGAUGACCAGAAGACGUACAAGAAUCCCAGCCUGCGUGCUCAAGGACAAACUCCAUCUCCAACCAAAAGCCACACCCCGAGCCCUACCUCGCCCAAAUCCCUUCCCGCUCAGAAACACUCUCCAGUGUUUGAGUUAGAAGGAAAGAAGUGGAGAGUGGAGUACCAAGAAGACCGGAAUGACCUGAUGAUUCCAGAGACGGAGCUGAAGCAAGUAGCCUACAUCUUCAAAUGCAGCAAAUCCACUCUCCAGAUGAAAGGGAAAAUAAACUCCAUUACAAUCGACAACUGUAAGAAGUUUGGCCUGGUGUUUGACAAUGUGGUGGGCAUCGUGGAAGUGAUCAACUCCAAGGAUAUUCAAAUCCAGGUGAUGGGGAGAGUGCCAACCAUUUCCAUUAAUAAGACAGAAGGUUGCCACAUAUACCUUAGUGAGGAUGCAUUAGACUGUGAGAUCGUGAGCGCCACAUCCUCCGAGAUGAACAUCCUGGUCCCUCAGGAUGGUGAUUAUAGGGAAUUUCCCGUUCCGGAACAGUUCAAGACAUCGUGGGAUGGUUCCAAGUUGGUCACUGAACCUGCCGAAAUUAUGGGCUGACCUUCAGGGAGAAAGAGCUGCUUCACCUGAAAAUCCACCCCUCCCCCUUUCCCCACUAAGUGGACGAGCAAAGCAGCAUUAAGGAGCUAGAAGUGGCUGUGGUUUGGGGCCUCCGGCGCAGCUCGUGUCUAGCACGCCUUUGUGGGUCUUUUGAAAUCUUUAGCAUUUCUUCAUGGUUUGCGUUUGUGUGUGAUUGUAGUUCCACAUGACGGCUGUGAUCACUGAGGGUUUAAAGGAAGCAGAAUUUU